GUGGCUGGUCUUGUUCUCACUGUACACUUUACUACGGCUUGCAAUGUGACACUAAAAUAUAGGCUCACUCUCGCUCACACACACACCACACCUCUCACACACACGCACGCACACAGGCACACGCACAUACCUACACACACACACACACACACACACUGACACGCAUGCACGCACGCACACACGGACCCACGCGGAGGACCGGGUAAUCCGAAGUGGAGUUCAACAAAGGAUAUUAUACUGAGAAAGACAGGAAGAAGAGAAAAGGCAACGAGAAAGGAACUAAAUCUUGGUCCGACGAGGAACUAUUUUUUUUAAAAAAAACAUUACUACUCUCAUUACUAUCCGUCCCUCUUUCUCCUGCAUCAUGUUUGGGGCUCCCAUGGCAUUGGAUUUUGUCGUGCUCUUCUGCUUGGCAUCUGCAAUCGCAGCUGUGGAAGAAACCCUAAUGGAUACUCGGACAGCCACAGCUGAACUUGGAUGGACAGCAAACCCACCAUCAGGGUGGGAAGAAGUCAGUGGCUAUGAUGAGAACCUCAACACAAUCCGUACUUAUCAAGUCUGCAAUGUUUUUGAGCCCAACCAGAAUAACUGGCUUCUCACCACAUUCAUCAACCGACGGGGAGCACACCGCAUUUACACGGAGAUGCGCUUCACUGUGCGGGACUGUAGCAGCCUUCCUAAUGUCCCUGGUUCCUGCAAGGAGACCUUCAACCUGUAUUACUAUGAGACAGAUUCUGUCAUUGCCACCAAGAAGUCAACCUUCUGGACGGAGGCCCCCUACCUCAAGGUGGACACCAUUGCUGCAGAUGAGAGCUUCUCUCAGGUGGACUUUGGCGGCCGGUUGAUGAAAGUGAACACUGAGGUGAGGAGCUUUGGACCCCUCAACCGCAAUGGCUUUUAUCUGGCCUUUCAGGAUUAUGGGGCAUGCAUGUCACUGCUGUCGGUGAGGGUGUUCUUUAAGAAAUGCCCAAGCGUGGUGCAGAAUUUUGCCAUCUUCCCAGAGACAAUGACAGGAGCAGAAAGCACCUCUCUAGUGAUUGCACGAGGCACGUGCAUUCCCAAUGCAGAGGAGGUGGAUGUGCCCAUUAAACUGUACUGCAAUGGUGAUGGGGAGUGGAUGGUUCCCAUCGGCCGCUGUACCUGCAAGGCUGGAUAUGAGCCUGAGAACAAUGUGGCCUGCAAAGCGUGCCCAGCAGGGAUGUUCAAGGCAAACCAGGGUGCAGGGGUUUGCACACAGUGCCCAUCCAACAGCCGCUCUACGUCAGAAGCUGCCCCCAUCUGCACUUGUCGCAAUGGUUACUACCGUGCUGACUUUGAUCCUUCAGAAGUGGCUUGCACAAGUGUUCCUUCUGGGCCCCGCAAUGUAAUCUCUAUUGUUAAUGAGACAUCGAUUAUACUAGAAUGGCAUCCACCUCGGGAGACAGGAGGCCGUGACGAUGUGACCUACAACAUUGUCUGCAAAAAAUGUCGGUCGGAUCGACGUAGUUGCUCUCGCUGUGAUGACAAUGUGGAGUUUGUACCAAGGCAGCUGGGCCUUACAGAAACUCGGGUCUUCAUCAGCAACCUAUGGGCCCACACACCAUAUACCUUUGAGAUCCAGGCUGUUAAUGGAGUUUCCAACAAAAGUCCAUUCCCACCACAGCACGUAUCAGUGAACAUCACCACCAACCAAGCUGCUCCCUCCACAGUUCCCAUCAUGCACCAGGUAAGUGCCACCAUGAGGAGCAUCACGCUGUCGUGGCCUCAGCCAGAACAACCCAACGGCAUCAUCCUGGACUAUGAGAUCCGAUACUAUGAGAAGGUGAGCCGGAUCUGCAUCCCCGAGAUUAGCAGCACUAUGGGCUCAAGACCAGCCACCGACCACAAUGAGUACAACUCCUCCAUGGCCAAGAGCCAGACCAACACAGCGCGCAUCGAUGGGCUGCGACCAGGGAUGGUCUACGUCGUACAGGUGCGGGCCCGGACUGUGGCUGGCUAUGGGAAAUACAGUGGGAAAAUGUGCUUCCAAACCCUGACGGAUGAUGAUUACAAGUCGGAACUAAGAGAACAGCUGCCAUUGAUUGCUGGGUCUGCAGCAGCAGGGGUUGUCUUCAUUGUCUCCUUGGUGGCUAUUUCAAUUGUUUGCAGCAGGAAGCGAGCGUACAGCAAAGAGGCAGUGUACAGCGAUAAGCUACAGCACUACAGCACUGGUAGAGGCUCCCCAGGAAUGAAGAUCUACAUUGACCCUUUUACGUAUGAGGACCCCAAUGAAGCUGUCCGUGAGUUUGCCAAGGAAAUUGACGUGUCUUUCGUGAAGAUCGAAGAAGUCAUUGGAGCAGGGGAGUUUGGUGAAGUCUAUAAAGGGCGGCUGAAACUGCCUGGCAAGAGAGAAAUCUAUGUGGCCAUUAAGACAUUAAAGGCCGGCUACUCUGAGAAGCAGCGGCGGGAUUUCCUGAGCGAGGCCAGCAUCAUGGGUCAGUUUGAUCAUCCCAACAUUAUUCGGCUGGAGGGGGUGGUCACCAAAAGCCGGCCAGUGAUGAUUAUCACUGAAUUUAUGGAAAAUGGAGCGCUGGAUUCCUUUUUGCGACAAAACGAUGGGCAAUUCACUGUCAUCCAGCUGGUGGGGAUGCUACGAGGGAUUGCAGCUGGCAUGAAGUACCUUGCAGAAAUGAAUUAUGUCCAUCGAGACCUCGCAGCUCGGAACAUCCUGGUCAACAGCAACCUGGUCUGCAAAGUGUCUGACUUCGGCCUCUCACGCUACUUGCAAGAUGACACCUCUGACCCAACUUAUACCAGCUCAUUGGGUGGAAAGAUCCCGGUGAGAUGGACAGCCCCAGAGGCCAUUGCCUACCGCAAAUUCACCUCUGCCAGUGAUGUAUGGAGUUAUGGUAUUGUCAUGUGGGAAGUGAUGUCAUUUGGGGAAAGACCCUACUGGGACAUGUCCAACCAGGAUGUAAUUAAUGCAAUUGAGCAAGACUACCGGCUCCCUCCUCCCAUGGACUGUCCAGCUGCCCUUCAUCAACUUAUGUUAGAUUGCUGGCAGAAAGACCGCAACACCCGGCCACGCUUUGCUGAAAUAGUUAACACCCUAGAUAAAAUGAUCCGAAAUCCGGCAAGCCUCAAAACUGUGGCUACCAUCACCGCUGUGCCUUCUCAGCCACUGUUGGACCGCUCCAUCCCAGACUUCACUGCCUUUACCUCAGUAGAAGAUUGGCUCAGUGCCAUCAAAAUGAACCAGUACAGAGACAGUUUUCUGACCGCUGGAUUCACAUCCCUUCAAUUAGUUGCACAAAUGACAUCAGAAGACCUUCUAAGAAUAGGGGUCACCUUAGCCGGACACCAGAAGAAGAUCCUGAACAGUGUCCAGUCUAUGAGAGUGCAGAUGAACCAGUCACCAACUUCGAUGGCAUGACGCUUUGUGUCUUCUGACAACAAUGGGAAAAGAGAGGGGAGGACAGAGGAGGGUUGGAUGUGGGAGGGGAGGGUCGGCUGACAAGACAGUGAGGCGCUUGCAAAGGUUGGAGUAUUGUCUGAAGACUUUUUAUAAGCUGCAGACAAAGAGUACACGGGACUUCCGUUUCUCGCCAACAGAAGCACACUUACUGAUGCCAUGGGAAACAGCUUAUAAAUAAGUAUAAAUAUGUACAAAUCAUAUAUUUAAAAAACAGUGAAGACCAAUGUGUGUUGGGAGAAAAAGAGACUUAAAUCCCACCACCAGUGAGCAGUAGUCAAGGGCCCAUUAGGGAGGAGAGAGAUACAACCCAGAGCAACCAUCUUCAGCAGUCACAUUCCUUUCCUUCUCUUCUUUAGUUCUCCUCCCAGAGACCCACCCAUUUCCCCUCUUUUGCUCAUCAACCGUGGGGAACUUUCUUCCAACAGUAUCUACAGCUACCUACUAGAAUAUCACGAAAUUGUUCCAUCAAUUACCAAAGGACUUCACUGACCACUGCAUGGGGGAUCCAGACCAAUCCAGUUAAUGUCUUCAUAUUGAAGAAGAGAUGUACCUUCAAUAGAAAACCUUGUUUUUUUCUUUUGCUUGCAUUUUUUUGCAAAAAGGGAAAAAAUCCUCAUGGAUAAAAAGAAAGAAAGAAAAGGUGUUCCUGCGAGUGUCUGCGUGUGCGUCUGUAUGUUGUCAACUUAACUGUGGAGUCACUCAUGGCUUGUCCAUAGCAGAAAAACAACAAAGUGGAACUGGUGGAUGAUAAAUCCAUCACCUUCAGGGAAAUUGGGGGUUCAGUGGGGGAUAGAAGUGAUAUGCUUUGCUUUCGGUCUAGAUCAACUGUGCAUGGAAUGUGGAAUAGGAAAUGAAACAAGAAAGCAAACAAAGUCAUAGGAGGAAGGAUGCAGAAGAGUGGACUAUGGAACAAGGGUUUUGUGUAGAACUAUUACAGGAUGCACAACUGUAGAGACAACAGAAUGCUUUGUCCGCCAGCAUCCAGGGACCAGCAGAAGAUGGCUCAGGAAUCUUUAAUUCCAUUGUAUGGACCUUAGGAUUUUGACAUAUAUUGGUUUUGGUUUCGUGGCAUCAGAGGGACACUUUUAUGCCACUAUUUGAUGCCAGAAGGACAUGGAAAGAGGACAGUCGUGACAGUUGAACUUACCAC